AUGGUGCUCCUCGUUACCACUGCCCGAAUCAUCUCCGCACUUGAGGCCAUCCCGCCCUCUUCACGCAAGGACUUGGACCUCCCUACCUCGCUGGUAGCAGACACUCCUAUCUCUCACGACCAGCUGGUCCGUCUGUCGCGGUACCUCUACACAAAUGCCCUCACCAGUCCCCAGGAGGCGAGUCUGAACUCGCUCCUCCGCGGCACAAGAAUCUACGUCCCUCCUCCGCCAAAGAAACCAGAACCGAGCCCCGAAUACCUCGCCCUAAAAGCCCGCCUCCUCGCCGCCGCCGAAGCAGACGCCUACCACCGCAUGACGACUUCCGCCCCAAGCCCCCAAGGCCCCUCACCCAUCUUCUCCUCCUCCACCCCAACGCUCUCAAGCAUCCACGACUCCUCCUCUGCCGCCGCCGGCGGCGGCGAAGACCCACUCACCCCGUCGCUGGUUCUCAACAUCUUCCUCUCGGUCCUGAUAACCGGCUUCAGCGUGUACUGGGCACUCACCAGUUUCCGGACCCCGGAUCUGCUCGUCUCGUCCGUAUCAUCUGUCUGGCGGAGUGGGUCUGGAUCCUCCAGCGCACGCACAGCCGGCGUCUCGGAGCCCGUGAAGGUUCUAGUUUCGUUGUUGACGGCGCUUGUGGUAGGGGUGGCGGAGGUGCUGAUCUAUGCGAUUUAUUUGCAGAAGGUUGAGCGUGCGCGCGCACGUGAGGCGCGUAUCAAAGAGCGGAAGGAGGUGAUUGGGAGGGAUGAGGUGCAGAGGAGGAAUGAUGGACAAGACGUACAGAUGGUUGGGGGGGAUAAAGAGGAGAUUUGGGGACGGGGUGCGAAUGGGGGGGUGCGACGAAGGGUGAGGGAGAAAUGGGAGGAGAAGGAGAGGGAGAAAGGGAGGGGGAAGGAGGCGGGGGAUGAGGGCUGA